CUCCAAGUUCCUCCAACCUUGACCUUUCCCUUGACCUCAUCGCACCCUUGUUCUCCCUUCUUUCUUGUGUAUCGCCGUCAAACACUGUUUGAAAACUAUGCAGAGGUCAACGAAGCCCUACAGUCGACCCACCGCUCGUCCUCGUGGCGCAGACGGCGAAUGGCUGCACGACAUGGCUCCCGAAGGCCGUCGCGGGCCUCGCGCGGCCUCAAAAAGCGUCAAUAUGGAUGCACCUUCAAGCGCCACGAAGCUCAUGGUGUCAAAUAUGCACUACGAGCUCACGGCCAAAGACCUUACACAAAUCUUCGGGCAAGCUGGCACGCUCGUCCGAGAGCCACUAAUCAGGUACGACCGAAGCGGCCGAUCAUCCGGUAUUGCUAUUGUCACAUACGAAACCCCUGCGGAGGCUGCGGCAGCAAAGUCGAGGUUUGACGGGAAGCUUGCCAAGGGGCAACCAAUGUCGAUUACAUUCUAUCAGCCCGCACCGCCUCCUCGAACCACCAAGGGAACUGGGGCGCCGACUUCCCUUAUACAUCGGAUAGAGAAGGCGCCCUUGUUGGAUCGCCUGAGUGGUGCACCGAAGUCACAGCCCGCACGGAACGGCACGGGUCCCAUCAGAACGAAGGCCCCUCGGCCAACGCGUGUGCCCAAGAAACCGAAAACGCAAAACGAACUCGAUGCAGAGUUGGACGCGUUUAUGAACGCGGACAUCCAGGCCGUCAAGCCAUCAGAGGCCCCAGCGGCAGCUGCCGACCCUCAAAAUGGAGAUGUCGAGAUGGUCUGAGGUCUUCAGGUGUUGCGAUUCUUGGACUAUGUUACGUUGCUCGUGCUCUGCCUUGCUCUUCAUCCCCCCUCUGUAACAGUGUUGUACAUAUGGUAACCCUCCCGGUCCAGGCUCUAUUCGGAGCACGAGUCAC